AUCUACCCAUCCAUGGCCUCAAAAUGGAACCACUCCGAUCUCCAUCAACUGAAUCCGCCAUGAGUCUGUCACUUCUCCAAGGCUAUUCUUCAGCCGAAGAAGAAGCUCAACACAACUCUGUCUUCAACCACACCUCUUCCGACGAUGACGACGAAGAUCUUGCCUCCGCCCCCGCCGCCGCCGCCUCUACUGUUACUGUCAAUCUUUCCAUUCGUGACAAGUCACUUUUCGAACUUCCGCAGCCCUCCUCUCAGCCCGGCCUACCUUCUGCUUUCGACGCUUUUUCCGAAGUUUCAGGACCGCCCGAGUUUCUGAAUAAUUCGGUUGAGGAGUAUGCUGCACCGAGAGAUGCCGAUCAGCCGCGAGGGGGCCAUGGGCAUGGGGGCCGUAGGAAUCGUAAGGAGAAGAAAGAUUUGCCUACUGGUGCUGUAUUGGAGGCAAAAGCUCAAUUAGUAGGGAUUCAUGAGCGAGUGAGGAGUGAUGUUGAAAGUAAUCAUUCAUCGAAUUCAUCCAUUUCAAAUGCAACACCGGAAAGCAAGCGUGUGGCAACUGCAGCCAAUCCAAAUGCUGAAGAUGCUGCAGAACUACUUAGAAUGUGCUUGCAUUGUGGCAUUCCAAAGACCUUUUCAAAUGCACGAGGGAUGUUUUGUCCUCUAUGUGGUGAUCGUCCUCCCGAGCCGGACAGUGAGUCAAAAAAGAAGGGAUCUACCGUUAAAGAUAAGGAAAAGAUAAAGAGAAUGAGGGGACAGUCAUCUCAUGCUACCUGGAAGAGUGAAACAGAGAUGCAGCUGAGACAACAGUUUGAUUAGAAAAUUUCAUAUUUAAUGUCUAUGAGCUCUUGGAGACUUGUGAUAGAUAGUGUACCAUGAUUAUUCAUACUAAUCUGUGAUAUUAAUUAUAUAAGGUUUAUGUAGUUGAUACUCGGCAUUUUGUUUUGGUAAACCAAAAUGCUUCCUUGCAAAUUAGUGUUGAUUCUUCCCUCUUGUUAUUCUCUCUCACACAAAAUCCUACUUUAUGCUGUAACUUGGGCCAUUCAGAACAACAUUGAAUAUCAAACACAGAAUCUUCCUCAUCA